AUGGAAGAUGACGAGAUCGACCAAGAAGAACCCGAAGAAGAGGAUGUCAGGGUCGAAGAUGAAACGUAUUUAACCGUUGACGAAGACGAAGAGAAAAUAAAUAAUGAUAAGGAAGAAAUAGACGAUAAUGAAGAAAUCGAAUCACCGAAAAAUGUGGAAGACGAAGAGGAAGAGGAGGAAGAGGAGGAAGAUAAAAAGAAAAAACCUAGACAAGAGAAAAAAAGAUUUGGUCAUAGCAAUCGAAAAUUUCGUGAGAUUUUAGGAAAACGAGAAUCGAAGAAGGAAGAGUUAGAAAAACGCGAAGGAAAUCUUCGACAGCGUCUUGAUGUAUUAGAAUGUUCGAUGCCAGCUGUCAUGGUCUGGAACGUAUGGGAACGUAUGUCUCAGGGUGCUCCAGUACCAAAUCUUCACCGUCUUAUGGAGAAACAAUUUCGAACUCCAGCGGCUGGUGAGGUAUAUUGUCCGAGUACACCGAGUCGACAUUAUGAUUGCCGGGUACGUGAGAUAGAAGCAGAGAGGAAGGCAGCUCAGAGGAGACUCGAUGAGGCCAGGUUACUAUGGUUGGAGAAGGAAGUCAAGCUGAAAGAACGUAGGGAGAAGUUAGAGGAUGCUAAGAGAAUUCAAAAGGAACGUAAGGAGAAGAUCGAACGUUUGACGAACGAAGCGAAGAAAUUGAAAGAGGCGUUAAAGAAGGUGAACGAGGAGGAUAUAACUGGCGAAUGCGGUGAUAUACAGUGUCGCGAAAGAUGGCUUAGCGGAGUAAACAGCGUAGAUUCGAUCAAGGCAAGUGACGUCGAGUGUUUGGCUCAUCUUCGACAACUAGCUGAAAAUGAAUUGACGAUGAAGAAGCAGAUCGCCGAUUUGGAACGCCGAGAGGAAACUUAUAUGAGAACACUUCAACAUGCCGACGAAAUGUGGUCGAAGAUGGAAGGGGACACCGCUGAUACAUUGAGCGCCUUGCAAGAACAACUGGAUGCGAAAACCGAAACGAAUCAACAGUUGGCGUCUCGUAUAUCCGAACUUGAGGACGAACUCGAAAAGUUAAGGGCAAGGAUGGCCCUAUGCAAAGCCGAAUUGACGAAAUACGUGAGCGUGGAAAGAAUCGAGAGGAUUACGGGUAGCGAGGACGAUUUCGCAAAAACUACGGAUAAAAUGGUUGGAAUCAGGCCAAAAAUCGCGGACAAGGCCAUUGAAAAAGAAAAUGACGUUCUCGAUAAGGAGAUUCUUAUGAAAGUUGAUGUUGAGGAUAAAGAAGUGAGCAUUGUAAGACCAAAGAGUGAAGAAGAGAUUAUCGAUGCUGAGAAACCAACCGAACUUAUAGAGCCAGAGGAUGAAGAAGCAAUUGUCGAUGCUGAGGAACCAACCGAACUUAUAGAGCCAGAGGAUAAAGAAGCGAUUGUCGACGCUGAGGAACCAACCGAACUUAUAGAGCCAGAGGAUGAAGAAGCGAUUGCCGAUGCUGAGGAACCAACCGAACUUAUAGAGCUAGGGGAAGAAGAAGCGAUUGUCGAUGCUGAGGAAUCAACCGCACUUGGGGAGCCAGAGGAUGCAGAAGCGAUUGUCGAUGCUGAGGAACCAAGUGAACCUAUGGAGCCACACGUGGGCAUUGAUAUUGAGAAACCAACUGAACCCACCGAACUGAAGAAAAUAGACGCGAUCCACCAGUACUUAGCGAUGUUGGGAUCUCUAGACGAAUUAUAUGCCGACGAUGAUUACGGUGUAUGCAGUCCAGAGUACGAAUGCUACGAAGAUUGGCAGGAACCUGAUAUGGACGAAGAACCUGAUCUUUCUCCAAUAGUUUUUAAAAAAGCCGUUCAUCCUAUCGACGAUACAAAAGAAGCAGUAAAAGAACCAAUCGAUGACAAAGAAAUCGACAGAGAUAUAAGACAACCCGAAGAAACUGAAAGAAAAAUUAGAACACCGAUACUUGAAGGUAUAAUCGAUAAGGACAGUGUCAAUGUACCAUUGGAUAAACUUCGAUCAUGGUUCGAUACCGUUGAAUCGAUUGGCUUGGUCAUAUCAAGAUGUUCUACGUGCUCCGUCGUAAAACUCGAUAUAAAUACUUUGAUCGAAGAGAUUGGAGAGUACGCAGGGGUAAGAUAA